AUUUUAUUACCUAGAUAAAAACUUAUAACUGGCUCGUUAAUAAUAUUAUAUUUUUUAUGAUAUUCUAUUCGUAUGUUCCUCCACUUUUAAAUGUUAAAGCAUGGUUUUUACUAUUGGCCACAUCUAAAAAGGUAUUGAUAUCGUUAUAAAUCGUAUGGGUUUAUCUUACACCAUGGAUAAUUGUUUUCUUGAUAUAGCUAUAGAAUUCCUAUCAGUAGCAUUCCAUGGUAUUCUAUACUAUGCUAAUGUUUAUCCAAGAAGUAUAUUUGAGACUAGAAGAAAAUAUAGCAUAGUUGUAUAUCGCUGCAUCCACCCAGAAGUUGUACAAUACAUUGAUAUGUGCUUAAAGAGCAUCACUGAUUGUUGGAAAGCUGGCCAACUAAAUAAGAUCGAGUUUGCUAUAACCAACAACACCUAUGAACCAAUUGUAAAGUUUGUAUUUGAUUUAGACAAAAUUAACAUUCAAGAGGACAAGAGUGAUACUUACCUUAUUCAGGCAGAACAAAACAUGCGCACUUUCUGUCUCAGUAUGUCUACUCUUUGUGAUAAAUUCAAUGAAUUACCAGAUAAUACCAGUUUUAAGAUACUGUUACACACAACUGAGUCUGUGGCUGUGUCAGUUGCAUCAAAUCCUGGCCUAGAGCAGUUCCCCUUGAUUGAGGUUGAAGUCGAAAAAGAAUUUGAACAGAUACAUCCAAUGAAGAGGUUUACAAUUGGCAAAUAUUGUUUAGAUACAUAUGUAGAGAUAAGGGAGUAAGUAGGUUAUCAAUGA